AUGACAGUGGGGUGGAAGUGACACUGGAGAGUGAGGCCGGGGAGGCGGGGGACUGAGCCUGGGAGCCGCUUCUAGUCAGAGACCGCCGCCGCGAGAACUCGGGAGCUGGGCUGAGUGGGGGCGUGUGGGAGGGGCAAGACCUCUAGCCCCUCCUCCUGCCCCCGCUGUGGAGGACAACAAGGCCUUUUCUGUUUUGUUUCCAUGUAGGUGGCUAUUAUCAUGGAAAACUAAUUUUUCCCAGAGAAUUUCCUUUUAAACCUCCUAGUAUUUAUAUGAUAACUCCCAAUGGAAGAUUUAAGUGCAACACCAGGCUGUGUCUUUCUAUCACGGAUUUCCACCCGGACACGUGGAACCCAGCCUGGUCUGUCUCCACCAUCCUGACUGGACUCCUGAGCUUCAUGGUGGAGAAGGGCCCCACCCUGGGCAGCAUAGAGACGUCAGACUUCACGGCCGGGCUGGGUGGAGUUUCCGUCCGCGGCACCGUCCCGGAGACCGCUCUGCUCCGGGCUUCCUUGGCACUCUCGGCCUCGUGUUCCCCUCUGCCUCUCAGUCUUGCUUUUAUCCGCAUCGAGCUUCACCCACACCCACCAGGGGCUCCGCUGUGGGAUCUUGGGAAAAGACAGCUAGCAGCACAGAGUUCAGCCUUUAAUUUAAAAGAUAAAGUCUUUUGUGAAUUAUUUCCUGAAGUUGUGGAGGAAAUUAAACAAAAACAGAAAGCACAAGACGAACUCAGUAGCAGACCCCAGACUCUCCCCUUGCCAGACGUGGUUCCAGACGGGGAGACACACCUUGUCCAGAACGGGAUUCAGCUUCUCAACGGGCACGCGCCAGGGGCCGUCCCAAACCUCCCGGGGCUCCAGCAGGCCAACCGGCACCACGGACUCCUGGGCGGCGCCCUGGCGAACUUGUUUGUUAUAGUCGGGUUUGCAGCCUUCGCCUACACCGUCAAGUACGUGCUGAGGAGCAUCGCGCAGGAGUGAGGCCUGGCACCGAGACCAAGGCGCCAUGGAGGGCGCGUGGCACGAGCGUGACCUGGGCCGGCCGGACACGCUGCCCAGCACAGGCAGACCCACCAGGCUCCUGGGUUUAGGUUUUAAAAACCUGGAAAGGAAAGCAAAAGCCAAAAUGUGUGACUGGGCUUCGGAGGAGACUGGAGACUCAGCCCUGCCCUGGCCACGUGCCGCCGGGGCUGGCGUGGAGGGGCUGCUGGCGUGCUGGUUUUGUAGCUUAUCUUCUGUGUUGUCUUUGGAUCUGUUUUAGUAAACACGUUUUUCAUUUUA